AUGCACCCAGAAACCACCACCGGAGGUGAUUGUGAUGUCCGAGAUGAGCCCAGCCCAGGUUUCAACAACGACGACGUGUCCCACUUGAUAUAUGAGCCUCUCAACCCUACCAUUGAUGAGAUCCGGCUCCUCACUCUGUAUCCGGCUUCGCAGGAAGAUUCAACACUUUUCUGUACCCUUUCCCAUGCAUCCCUUGCUGCAGAAAUUCCAGAAUAUGAAGCACUAUCUUACGUGUGGGGAAAGCCCAAUCUCUCAGCAUUCAUCUUGCUGAAGGUUGUCAACUUCCACGUCACUCCAAGCCUAGCAUCUAUUUUAUCCGCUCUGCGACUCGACAACCAAACCAGAGUCCUCUGGAUUGAUGCCCUUUACAUCAACCAGUUGGAUGUCCAGGAGCGCAGUCAGCAAGUUGCCCUGAUGCGCAAGAUUUAG